AAAAUAAUAUUUUCGAAAUCGUUACGAAUUAUGUCAACAUCAUCUUUCAAUUCGAGUUUUCAUAGUACUAUGGCAUCAACAAAAUUAAUAAUUGCAUUUCGCAAGGAGUUUGAUUAUUUACGAAAUAACAAAAGACCAGACAAUCUGUCAGUGGUAUUGUUAAAAUAAUGUGUUAUGAAACGAAAGAAAUAAUAAUAUCGUGAUGGUGAAAGUCACAAAAAUGGAUUUAAUCAUCUAAAACAUCAAAAUAAACGCAACAGAAAAGAAGAAUCUCAAAAUGUACGCCAACACUUUAGACUUCGUAUGCGAUUACUGUUCGCGGACUUUUACAAGGAAAUAUAAUCUCCAGACUCACAUAGAAAACUGCCAUAUCAACUCGUCAUGUCGAUGUGAUAUUUGCGGGCAAAACUUCGGCAGUUUGGCCGGCGUACAACAGCAUAUGUCGAGAGGACAUAAUAACUAUAACCAACCAUUCCCAGAAUGCGAAUUAUGCGGUCGAAUCUUCACCAGAAAACAGAAUAUAGUAUCACAUAUGAUCACCGUGCAUUUACAAGGCUUGGGCUUUGAAAUUCGAUGCAGAUUGUGCGAAAAAACUUUUACAACUGAACGCAAUUUGAAACGGCAUAUGAAUCAGCUUCAUAACCCAGACGUUGAGUAUCCUACGUGCAAUGAUUGCAAUAAAAUCUUUAAAGGAAAACAGUCUUUAAUAGCUCAUAUACAAUCCGUACACAAUUCUGUUGAACGAGACCUUGUAAAGUGCCAUUUGUGCGAAAAAGUGUAUACGAAUAAUAGAAAUUUGAAACGACAUAUAGAAAUGUUUCAUGGAGAAAAGGGGGAGUUUAAAUGCGAUAUAUGCCCGAAAGUUUACACGUCGAAUCAGAGUUUGCGUCGGCAUGCAAGAACGAGACAUAGUUCGGAUAAUCAGGAGCAUUUAACGUGCAAUUUUUGUUGCAAAGUUAUUGUAGGAAGAGAUAAUUAUGACUCCCAUGUACAAUACCACCAUCAGACUUCUGAAAUUGAGUCUCGGAAUGCGGAGUAUCAAUGCGAAUCGUGCGAUAAAUCAUUCGAUGAUGAGCCUUCGUUGCGACGGCACGUAAAAAUAGAACAUUCAUUUAAAUCCUUUUACAAAUACUGCAAAAAGUCCUUGUUGAAACAAUACGGAAUGGAUUCGAAUAACAUAUAUGCUUGUGAGUUCUGCGAGAAUUCGUUUUUGACUGUAUACGAGCUGAAAAACCAUAUGAGAGUCAACCACGACACUGAAUACUCUCUAUCAACUUGCAACGUGUGUUUUAAUAAGUUUUUCAGUAAAGAGACAAUGACUGCUCAUAAAACUGUCUGUCUACCGCCUCCGAACGUAAACUCCUGCGCACAUUGCGAUAAAUUAUUCACAGAUAUAUCAAGCUUAGAGUUUCAUACGAGAAUUUUCCAUCCACAAGCCCAAAUCGCAGAUUCGAAUAUAUCUUCGACAAAUAUCGACGAAGAUUCGGUAUCUUUUAAGUGUAAGCACUGUGAUAGGAUCUACUACAGUGAUCGGUCAUUGAAACAUCAUAUAAAGUUAAAACACACAACAGAUGAAGAGGUAGAAUGCGAGCUUUGCGGUAAAAUCUGCAGCAACAAAUACUAUUUGGCAUCUCACAUCAAAAUCGUCCACAAUAAUGACUCUUGGUCCCGGUGUGAAUACUGUGAUAAACAAUUCAAGUCUAAAAGAAAUAUUCGAAGGCAUGUUGAGUAUACGCAUUUGGGAAUGCAAAGGCAUAAGUGUAUUGAAUGUGAAACGCUUUUUAAAGAGAAAAGGAGUUUAAGAAAGCAUGUUCGGACUAAGCAUCCGAACUCAACAGCGUUCCCACAGUGUCAUAUAUGCCAGAAACGCUUCGAAUCUGCGAAGUCUUGCAAGAUACAUCUAAAACUGUUACACUCUUUCAACAUGAAUACGUUUCCAUGUCAUCUAUGCUCAGUUUCGUUCAGCAGUAAUGAAGCUUUGACUAUACAUUUGCAAACGAAGCAUUUGGCUGAAGAUCAAAUUUAUAAGUGUGAAGAGUGUAAUUUAGUUUUUAAAGGGCAAGAGAAGUUUGAUGCCCAUAAUGAUGAAUAUCACGUCAAUUUGGUGCCAAAUAUAAAGCAGAAGGUUUUACCGAGAUGCAUUUUAUGUAUGAAAGACUUUAGUACGCGGAAAACUUUGAAGAGACAUAUAAAAAAGUUUCAUACAGAUUUUGAUGUGGACGAACUCGCAACCUUUGGAUCGCGACGGAGAAGUUUUGCUGUGGACUGCGAAAAUUGCAUAAAACAUUUCAACGACGAAUUCUACAUUGAUAUUCAUAAUAAACUAAAACACUUAAGAGAUUCGGUUAUUUUCAAAUGCGAAUACUGUUUGCAGUCGUACAAUUCACUAGAAUUUGCUAUACAGAGGUAUAAAGUGAUAAAUUCGGAUCUGUCUAAGAGUAAAAUGAUUUUGAGUGAGUUAUGUACGGCAGAAAUGAGCGAGGAAGAGAAUGAUGUGUCCAAUUUUGGCGCCUUCCAUGAUAUGUUACCGGAGAGUACGACUUUGGAUGUGAAAAUGGAGCUGCAUGAUCUUAUUGAAACUCAGGUUAAAGUGGAACCUCCUUCUCCGUAGAUACCACAUCUGUAAUGCCUCUGGUGAUGUGGGUAUUAAUGGGUGGAGAUAAUUACUUCCUAUUAGGCGAUUCGUCUGCUUUUUUGGUCAUAAACUCAUACAAAAUUUUGCCUUUAUUAGGAUACGGGUCGUCGAAUAAACCAACCAAUCAGAGCACCGAUCGCGCUCUCGUUUCGAUUACUUUAAACAUAAAGCAAACUCGUACUAAGGGUACAAACCUUUUGACACAAAAGUGAAACACCAGAGGCGUUACAAGUGCGUUGCCAGCCUUUUAGGGUUAGGAUUUUAAGGGUUCUUGGGGAAUUGUGGAUUGGGAUGGGGGUGAUCGGGCCUCCGGUAACCUCACUCACACAACGCAAGCGUAAUUUAACGUCGGUUAACUGUGAGGCCGUGGUAUCACUCCGGUCGAACCGGCCCAGUAUUGCCGAAGCAUGGCGAGCCCACCCUUAAAAGAUUCACGUUUAUCAGAGAGCACAAAUGGUUGAAUUGAUAAAAAUGCAUGACAGAUAAUAUGCUAAGUUAUUUUACUAGAUUCUGAUAUCCUAAAAACUAUUAGGUAUUUAAAAUUAUAUUAUUUUGUACUAUGUAUAAAGUCGCAGGUUCGAUUUCUAUGUUGUAUAGUAUUUUUAUAAUUAAUAUUCGACGACGACCAUCCAGACGGAUGGUCGUAAUGCAAGUAUCUAUUGGGUUUGAUUUCUGUUUCUGUCAUAGUGUUAAAAGGUCGUAUACUAUUUUAUAGGACUUGAUAAUAUGUUACAUAUUAGUAAUUACAAACGGUUAAAAAAAUAUUUUGUAUACAGAUAAGAAAACAAAAGAUAGUUUCAAUACAGAGACAGUAGCUAUUGUUAUACUAAAUUGUACGCUUUGUAAAGAACAGUGGCGUAGCGUGAUUUGGCGGUGUCCCGUAUAAAAAAUUGUUUGGGGGCCAAUUAGUUAUACCUUUUUUUUUUUGAGGGGGGAAAUUAUCCAAUGACUUUCCGGAACAGCGAGCCCGUAUUUGGGGGAAUUAUGAUGACGUUAUUUUUCCUAAAAUUGCUGCCAACUUUUCAACGCAUGCUUUACGUUAAAGAGGAAUUGAUUAUUUGGACUUUUAUAAUUUCUGAAAUGUAAUAAAAAAUUGGGAAGGUUUUUAUUUUUUGCUUUAGCACGUUGGGGGUCCGGUAGAUACAGCGCUAGCUACGCCUCAGGUAACGAAGCCAUAUCUUUUGUAACUCAAUCGGAUCUACACAACCAAUGGUUACUGUCUCUGCACUGAAUAUAUCUUUAUUUUCUUACCAACUAAAUAACUAAAUUGACUAUACUCUGCUUAUCCCCUCUAGGGAUUAAAUGCAUAUUUUGUUGUUUUUAAGUUUUGACUGAAAUAUCAUAAAUAAGAUACUCAAUGUUAAGGUUAAGUUUAUUUUAAUAUAUUGUACCUACCUAUAUGUAUUACUAGGUUCUACCAGUGGCACAUCACUGAUCAGUGCAAGAGGGACGGAGCUAUGUAGGUUGUAUAGCUCCCUCCCUCUUGCACUGAUCAGUGAUCGACCAUUCUGACACAAUUGUAAUAGCAGACUAAGGCCCCAGGUCGUACCCUGUCUGUAUAUAAAAUUUUAUCAAAAUCUGUUCAGUAGUUUCAGCGAGAUUGAUGGACAAAGAAACUUUUUUUGUACACUCAUUAGUUUUAUUUUUAUCACAAUAACAAAGUAACAAAAUUUCGCGCGCGCUAUUUCGCAUAAUCGGAGGCGGAGGACAAGUAGUUACUACUAGGUAGGUAUUUUGGAACUAUACGCGUGCACGCUAAUGAAAUUUUGUUGUUUUGUUAUUGUGAUAAAAAUAAAACUAAUGAGUAUACAAACAAAGUUUCUUUGGGAAAGUUGUUUGUAAUCAUGAGUACAAUCACAUGUUUAAAUAUCGUUCACUAAUUACCAGUCACCCUAUACAAUGUGAUAGGGGCGAGACUUCUAACCCGUUAAGGCUGAGUUCUACACCUAAUUUUAUCGACGAAAGUCGGGGGUCGAAGUGGUCGAAUCCCCUCCCCCUAAAAGUUAUGGCUAUUUUAAUAUUUUUUUUACUUUUUUUGAUAUCAAUAGUUGUAUGCGUCGUAGAAACAAAAAAAAACGACAAACGGUAGCUAAUAACCUUGGCUAACUAAUUCAUUACUUUUUUCAUAUGUUUGAUAAUGUUUUGGUGAGAAAAAAAAUCAUUUGUGAAUUAUUUUUACCGAAAAAAUCACUAUUUUUCAAUAUUUUCAAUUAAGGGUUCAACCCCCCAUAUUAUUUUUUUUGUCCAUAAAAUUAGAUGUAGUACUCAGCCUUAACGGGUUAGAAGUCCCACGCCUAUCACAUUGUAUAUACACCAAUAAAGGUUUUUACCGUAAGCAGUAGGUAUAUAAAAAAUAAAAUUCACAGUAUUAUAAUUAUUCUAAAAUCUAUCUUAUUUGUCUGUACAAAGAGUCGAAAUUUAUGUGUAUAUGGGAACAUAGAAGAAUUAUGGAAUAUAUUUUGUAUACAGAUCUAUUUUUAAGUUAAAAUGUGUGAUGUUUAUGUUAAAAUUUUUAAUAUUGACUGAACGUAGAGUUAAUGAUAAUUAAUUUUGAACUUUAGUUCUGUAGGCGUAAAGUCCUUUUUCCUUUGACACGAAAAAUAUAAUAAAAUUUUGUCAUUGAAAAAUAUAUGUUAAGUAAAUGUAAUAAAGACGUUUUUUAUUUAAUUUCUUUGACAUGUAAAGAGUGAAGAGAAGAUCUGUAUUAUCAUAAUAUUUUAUGUUUUACAAUGAAAUGUUUAUAAGUUACAUAAUAAAAUAUAAUAAUUAGAAGUAUUACAAGCAAUAUCUAUA